AUGUUUGCCAGCUCAGGUGGUGUAAGUGGGCAGAUAGAUGACACAGGCAAUGCAGAUAUAUUACGGUCGCAUGAGCAGUUAGAGGAUGAUGGGUGGUACGAACACCUGCUACAGGCGGACCUAAAUAACGAGGAGCAGCAGGUGUCGACCGGCGAGCCGGAGAACCCGACCGGCGAACCGGAGAACCCGACCGACGAGCCGGAGAACCCGACCGACGAGCCGGAGAACCCAACCGACGAGCCGGAGAACCCGACCGACGAGCCUGAGAACCCGACCGACGAGCCGGAGAACCCGACCGACGAGCCAGAGAACCCGACCGACGAGCCAGAGAACCCGACCGAACAGCCACCCAACUCGUCCGAACAGCCACCCAACUCGUCCGAGCAGCCACCCAACUCGUCUGAACAGCCACCCAACUCAUCCGAACAGCCACCCAACUCGUCCGAACAGCCACCCACCACAAGUGAGGGACCAUCACCUACUCCCUCACCAGACACAGACAGUGCCUUCUCGUUCGUAGGCAACUCAGUGCUAAUAGUAGGUGCAACUGUCCUUACUCUAGUAAUCAGUUGGGGCCGAUAG